GGAAGCUAAAUAAAUAACAACUUUCCAAAGAAGUAAAUAAGAAUAAUUUUUAAAUUGUCGACUUUAUAUUAAACAUGUGCUUCUGAAGUACCUAGGAUGCUUAAGCCAUUUUUCCUCAUAAUAAUCUCAACCUUUUUAUGUCAUCUUAACACUUAAAUUGUUUGAAACAUUUUUAAUACGAAGGUAAACUUUCAAGUUAACAGAUUCAAUUCCAUUUGAUUAAAUUUACUGAUAAUUUACAGAUAAGAACCUUAGGACCUUACCUGUUAGGAAGAAGAAACAGAAAUAGGACUAGGUAGAACUAAUGACACCCUGUUUAAAAGUUUGAGGGAAAGUGGCAGUGGUUUGUAUGGAUUUUUAUUUAGUUCCUUAUCAAAAUCUUAGACUCCUGCACUAGAGUUUUAAAACAUUUGAAGGUGAGUAAGAAUACAGUUUUUAUUACCUUCUCACCCAUCAAAUAACUCUUAUCUUAAAAACUAACUGGUUUGCAAAGCUGGGAACAUGGAAACAUCAUAAUGUAACCAUCUAAGACAUAAGUGAUUACUUGGAAUAAAAUGUAUAGACUGGCCAGUGGUAGUGAUUAACAGCUUAAGUAAUCUAAUUAAAGUAAAAUUUAUUUUUAAGAUUAAAACAGUAAAUUUUUGAAGUCCGUAGAGUAAGUUUUUUAGUGUUUAUAUCGGUUUAGCAGUUUCUUCAGGUAGGCAUUUCUAGUAUUUUAUUUCAUUUAAAAUUUUAUUGGUUAACCGUUCAAAUGUACCUAAUGAGGCACUAUGCUAGGGUGCUGUAAAUGAUACAAAGAUAGCUAAACCCUGUUUCUUGUCCUUAGAGGCAAUUAUGCAUGUCUUCAAAAAGUGUUAGAUUAAAUUGUCCACUGUACUUUCCAUCUUUCUACAUUUCCCCGUUUAUAUAUACCUUAUUUGGGAGCCUUUGUCCUAUUGCAAUGACUAUUGGUGCACAUAGGUAGAGUUUUAAUAGCUCUGUAUAGCAUUUCAUGGUAACUGUGACUUGUAAAUUAAUUGGUUUUGGUGCAUGUGCUCCAUUCAAGGUUGGAAGAAUGAUAACCUUAAUUUUCUUUAUAGUUCAAAGUUGCAUUACUGUUGCUACUCACAAGUGUUUUUAUAAACUCCUAAAAAGCUACAACUAUUAAUACAAUUUUAGUUUUGUCAAAGUUUUCAACUUCAUAUGCUUUCUGUCUUCAUAUUACAAAAUCUAAGUGAAAAUUUAAAACAAGAACUAAGAUUUUUUCUUAGUGUUGAGUUAUGUGGAGAUUGGAUUAGCCUUAGUCUGAGUUGUUUACCUAUUCAUCUCUUCCUUUUUCUUUCCAGUAUACUUCUCCUAAGCCUGGCAUGGCAUCCAAAGUAUUUGGGUUCUAGUCUUUUAGCGUGUAGAAAUAAGUCUGUGCUAUAUCAAAAGAAAUUUUUAGCUUUAUCAAUAAUACCUCAGUUAUGCAAAAGUGUCUUGUUCAACAGCCUCAACUAUGAAAGAAAACAGGAAGCUGCCCCUUAGUAGCCAGAAUAAAUACCACACAGUCCAGUCGCUAAAGCAUUAUCCUUUCUGUUUAUGUACUUACUUUAGAUACUAACCUUUAUUGGUCAUUUGGUUUCUUGGCCUCUGGUAGCUCACAAAGAGCAAAUUAGAAUAUCCUAGAAGAUAAACAACAAUAAUUUCCAGGGCAGUGAAAAAUGGAAAAAUAGAAAAAUUAUCAAGGUAAAAUAAAAAUUCAAAGCCCAGUAAUUCUAAGCCAUUUAAUUUUGGUGCAAACACCCAUAUUUAUCUUAAAAAUCUUUUGGGCCUUAUUUGGGAAAAAAGUUUUAUUAUACCUAUGUACUUGAGUUUCCUACAGUUCAUGCUUGCUAAAAUUUGGAUUCCAUUUGAAAGAGAGUAGAGAACAUCAUACCUAUUCAUUUCUCUUAGAUUUUCAAGCUGUAUUCCUAUAAAUUAGAUUAUCAAAGAAUGGUAUAACUGAAUCACAAUAUCCUGGUUGGCCGCCCACUUCAGUAAGUUAAGAUUUAAGCCCUUGGUGUUAUAAAUAUUCUCUUGAGGUAUUUUUUUUAUGUUACUCUUAAAAACCAUAGUUGAUAUUUUCCACAGUUGCUUAAUGUCUCUGAUAUAGUAUGACCAAAUUUAAAAUAUAGGAAGUCUGUAGUAAAUAACUGAAAAAAAUACUGUAGUUGUUUCGUAUACUUAAACUAGAGAUAACAGUGUGGAGGCCUAUAAAACUUUGCAAGUUUCAGAUGCUAGCAUUAUAGCAACUUGAAACUUUUUUUGUGUGUCAUCAUACUACCACCGUAUGGGAUUUGGAGCCUUGAUAUGGAAGGGUGACUUUAAAUUCAGAUUGAUGCUUUAAAAUUGUUUCUGAAAUUUAUUGAGCUUAUUGCCCUAAAUUAAAAACUGUAAGAAAUUUCACAUGGAAUGCGUAAGUUUUCUGAAAAAUAAGUGGUCCUCUAGGCACAGACUGUCGAUCCACGGAUUAUGUAUGAAAUGGCACAAAAUGAAAAAAGAAGGAAGAAAGCAAAUAGUAGGCUGGCAAGGGACAUCAAGGAACAGUCACAGGAAAGGUCCCAGGUUGUCAAUGGAGUACCCCAGCAAUCCUGAUAGUCAAGGAGAUGCCUAAGUGUUCUCAUAGCCAGUUGAGUCAGUAGUGCUAGUCUGAUAAUAACUGGUUUAAAACAAACAAAAGGAAGGCCGUAUAAGGUAACAGUCUAAAUCCGAGUGUUAUAUGAGAUUUGAGGUGGAGCUUAUUUUGAUUCAUAACUGUCCUUGUCUUUAACAUUCUUAUUUUCAACUAGGCAACCUUGUUAGAGUGAAAAGAAAUCAUAGCUGUGUAUCCUUCAUUUGAAUUGAGGAGGAAGGAACAAGUAACCAAAAACAGGCAACCAUUAUGCUUUACCCAAAGCUAGGCAGUCUCCUAAUAGCGGUAUUCCACCUCUUCAGGUGAAGUUGAACAAAUCGCUAUGAUGAAACCAAAAGGCCAGACGGAACACGAUGAGGGUAUGCUUGAAUAUUUAGAAGAUAUAAUUGGUUGUGGACGGCUAAAUGAACCUAUUAAAGUCUUAUGUCGGAGAGUUGAAAUAUUAAAUGAACACAGAGGAGAGAAGUUAAACAGAGUUAAGAUGGUGGAAAAGGAAAAGGACGCCUUAGAAGGAGAGAAAAACAUAGCCAUUGAAUUUCUUACCUUGGAAAAUGAUAUAUUUAGAAAAAAGAAUCAUGUUUGUCAAUAUUACAUUUAUGAUCUGCAGAAACGAAUUGCUGAAAUGGAAACUCAAAAGGAAAAGAUUCAUGAAGAUACCAAAGAAAUUAAUGAGAAAAGCAAUAUACUGUCAAAUGAAAUGAAAGCUAAGAAUAAAGCUGUAAAAGACAUAGAGAAGAAACUGAAUAAAAUUACAAAAUUUAUUGAAGAGAACAAAGAAAAAUUUACACAACUAGAUUUGGAAGAUGUUCAAGUUAGAGAAAAAUUAAAACAUGCUACAAGUAAAGCCAAAAAACUGGAGAAACAACUUCAAAAAGAUAAAGAAAAGGUUGAAGAAUUUAAAAGUGUACCUGCCAAGAGUGAGAAUAUCAUAACUGAAUCGACAGCUAGAAGCAAUGCCCUUGAGAAGGACAAAGAGAAAGAAGAAGAAAAACUAAAGGAAGUUAUGGACAGCCUUAAACAGGAAACACAAGGACUUCAAAAAGAAAAGGAAAGUCUGGAGAAAGAACUUAUGGGUUUCAGCAAAUCAGUAAAUGAAGCACGUUCAAAGAUGGAUGUAGCCCAAUCAGAACUCGAUAUCUAUCUCAGUCGUCAUAAUACUGCAGUGUCUCAAUUAAGUAAGGCCAAGGAAGCUCUACUUGCAGCUUCUGAGACUCUCAAAGAAAGGAAAGCUGCGAUUGGAGAUAUAGAAGCAACACUCCCUCACACUGAACACGAAUUGAAGGAGAAAGAAAAGGAACUUCAAAAACUUACAAAGGAAGAAAUAAAUUUUAAAAGUUUGGUUCGUGAUCUUUUCCAAAAAGUUGAAGAAGCAAAGAGUUCCUUAGCAGUGAAUCGAAGUAGGGGGAAAGUCCUUGAUGCAAUAAUUCAAGAAAAAAAAUCUGGCAGGAUUCCAGGAAUAUAUGGAAGAUUGGGGGACUUAGGAGCAAUUGAUGAAAAAUACGAUGUUGCUAUUUCAUCCUGUUGUCAUGCAUUAGACUACAUUGUUGUUGAGUCUAUUGAUACAGCCCAAGAAUGUGUAAACUUCCUUAAAAGACAAAAUAUCGGAGUUGCAACCUUUAUAGGUUUGGAUAAGAUGGCAGUAUGGGCAAAGAAAAUGACCAAAAUUCAAACUCCUGAAAAUACUCCUCGGUUAUUUGAUUUAGUAAAAGUAAAAGAUGAGAAAAUUCGCCAAGCUUUUUACUUUGCUUUACGGGAUACCUUAGUAGCUGACAACUUAGAUCAAGCCACAAGAGUAGCAUAUCAAAAAGAUAGAAGAUGGAGAGUGGUAACGUUACAGGGACAAAUCAUAGAACAGUCAGGCACAAUGACUGGUGGUGGAAGCAAAGUCAUGAAAGGAAGGAUGGGUUCAUCGGUGGUUGUUGAAAUCUCUGAAGAUGAGGUAAAUAAUAUGGAAUCACAGUUGCAGAAAGACUCUCAAAAAGCGGUGCAAAUCCAAGAACAGAAAGUACAGCUGGAGGAAGCAGUAGUUAAGUUGAGGCAUCGUGAACGAGAAAUGAGGAAUACACUAGAAAAGUUUACUGCAAGCAUCCAGCGUUUAUCAGAGCAAGAAGAAUAUUUGAAUAUCCAAGUUAAGGAACUUGAAGCUAAUGUAAUUGCUACAGCACCUGACCAAAAAAAGCAGAAAUUGCUAGAAGAAAAUGUUAGUGCUUUCAAAACAGAAUAUGAGAAUGUGGCUGAGAGAGCUGGGAAAGUAGAAGCUGAAGUUAAAAGGUUAUACAAUAUCAUCGUAGAAAUUAAUAACCAUAAACUCAAGGCCCAACAGGACAAACUUGAUAAAAUAAAUAAGCAAUUAGAUGAAUGUGCUUCUGCUGUUACUAAAGCCCAAGUAGCAAUCAAGACUGCUGACAGAAAUCUUAAAAAAGCUCAAGACUCUGUCCUUCAAACAGAGAAAGAAAUAAAAGAUACUGAGAAAGAAGUAGAUGACUUAACAGCAGAGCUAAAAAGUAUUGAAGACAAAGCAGCAGAGGUCAUACACUGCACAAAUGCUGCAGAGGAGUCCUUACCAGAGAUCCAGAAAGAACAUCGUAAUUUACUUCAAGAACUAAAAGUAAUUCAAGAAAAUGAACAUGCGCUUCAAAAAGAUGCACUUAGUAUUAAGUUGAAACUUGAGCAAAUAGAUGGGCACAUUGCUGAACAUAAUUCUAAAAUAAAAUAUUGGCAAAAAGAGAUUUCAAAAAUAUCAUUGCACCCCAUAGAAAAUAAUACUGUUGAAGAGAUUUUGGUUCUAAGCCCAGAGGAUCUCGAAGCAAUCAAGAAUCCAGAUUCUAUAACAAAUCAAAUUGCACUUUUGGAAGCCCAGUGUCAUGAAAUGAAGCCAAACCUUGGUGCCAUUGCAGAGUAUAAAAAGAAGGAAGAAUUAUAUUUACAACGAGUAGCAGAAUUGGACAAAAUUACUUGUGAAAGAGAUCAUUUUAGACAGGCAUAUGAAGAUCUUCGGAAGCAAAGGCUUAAUGAAUUCAUGGCAGGUUUUUACAUAAUAACAAAUAAAUUAAAGGAAAAUUACCAGAUGCUUACUUUGGGAGGUGACGCUGAACUGGAGCUUGUAGACAGCUUGGAUCCUUUCUCUGAAGGCAUCAUGUUCAGUGUUCGACCACCUAAGAAAAGCUGGAAGAAGAUCUUCAACCUUUCAGGAGGAGAGAAAACGCUUAGUUCAUUGGCUCUAGUGUUCGCUCUUCACCACUACAAACCCACUCCCCUGUACUUCAUGGAUGAGAUUGAUGCGGCCCUUGACUUUAAAAAUGUGUCCAUUGUUGCAUUUUAUAUAUAUGAACAAACAAAAAAUGCCCAGUUCAUAAUAAUUUCUCUUCGAAAUAAUAUGUUUGAGAUUUCGGAUAGACUUAUUGGAAUUUACAAGACAUACAAUAUAACAAAAAGUGUUGCAGUAAACCCAAAAGAAAUUGCAUCUAAAGGACCUUAUUAAACUUGUUUUAUUGGACUUCUCAAAUUGAAUCAACAUAGAUUCAGUGUGUUGUAUUACUGAUUUUCUAUCUGUAAAAGAUUAUAAAUUUAAAAAUUAUAUAAAAUGUAUAAGAUAAAUACUCCUGAUCAUAUAAUUGGAUUCUAUUUUAUGCUGUUAAGAGACAUAUUACAAGUCUAAUAAAAUAUUCUCUCCAUCUG